AUUACAUGACUUCAUUUGAGAUGCAAGAAUAAUACUCUUUAUAGGAUUCCCUAUUGUCCGAUGUAUCUUCAAUGUCAAUCGAGUAAAGAUCAAGAAGCCGCACUUUAAAUAAAACAGUGAAGUGGAAACUUGAAUAAUUUCAUGAAAAGAAUGUGAUGCAAGAAGAAUAAGAAAAGAUUUAGCGAGUCCUUAAAAUCUAUGAUGAUAAUCUUAAUGAUGAACAUGGCCAAAGUGAUAGCAAUUUUUUUGAAGAAUACUUAUCUUGGCUUCCUGUCAUUCUGCCAAAACGAGUUUGGCCUUGGAAGAUAUUUGUAGCCAUUACUACACUCUUCGUCUUUUUCGAAGUGCCAAUCUAUGUUAUGUAUGGCGAAGAAUUUUGGAAGGUAUUAAAUUUAUAUAAUCUAAGGAACUCAUAAAUCCAGCAGGACGAUAUACUUUAUUUUAUGGAAUCUUUAUAAUACUUUUAACAGACAUGCUUCUUGAUUUUGUAACAUCAUACUAUAAACAUGGAAAUCUUGUAUUGGAUAAAAGAAAGAUAGCCAUGCACUAUUUUUAUGGUUAUUUUGUUUUUGAUUGCGUUGCUGUAGACAUUUAUUUUUUAAUCCUAGUUAUUUUCCUGUGUUGUUAGAUUAGCAGUUGAUACUGAUCAUCUUAGAUUCAUCUUCUUCAUGUUCUAUUUCAAAUUGCCUUCUCUUCUUAGAAUUGACCAUCAAAUUGCAGAAUUGAUAUUACUCCAUAAAAGAUUAAGAACAUUCUAUCAAAUCACAAAAAUGCUCAUAUUUAUGUUCUUCUGCUUCAACUUUUAUUGUUGCAUUUGGUAUGUGUUAGGCAUCUAUGGUGACAAUAUUCAUAUAAACACAUGGCUAAACGUACCAGGUAAUUUCGGAGUGAUCAAAGACAAAUCAAUUCAUGAAAUUUACUUUUAUUCUUUCUAUUUCAGUUUGAACGUGCUCUCUACCACCAUGGGUUUUGGUGAUAUUGUAAAACUAUUAUUAAUCUAUAUGUUAGUCUCCCAUGAACAUCUACGAAUGUUCGUUUGCUCUCUUUGGAGUCAUGUUUGCUGUCGUUGUAUUUGCUUUGAAUAUCAAUAACUUCUAAAAGAUGAUGGAAGAAUACAACUCGUAUUACAUGCAACGAUUCAAAUAAAAAGUAUAUCAAAUCUUGAAUGUUAGGUGUCUAUCAAUAAAUUUAUGGAAUAAAAAAAUGUGCCUUCCGAAUUGAGGGAACGUAUAAGGUAAUACAUCAAUGAACAUUGGGCUGAGGAAGGAAGCAGAGACUAGGAAAGUGAACAAUAAGUAUUUGAGAUUCUAGCACCUGAAUUAAAAUAGGAAUUGAUGUAUCAAUCUUUAGGAUAGUUUCUCUAAAGAACUAUGUUUGCUAAUCAUUUCACAAAGCCUUUUCUCAAAGAAUUAGCAUAGAAAAUUAGAGAACAAUCUUUUUCAUAAGGAGAUGAGAUUAUUGGUGUUGGAUCUACAGAACAAACUGAUGAUUUAAGCAUAUUUUACAUUGUGGGAGGUUCAGUUAUUGUAAAACCAGGAAAUAGUGAAAUCAUUAAAAAAAAAUUAGGACUGUAUAGCUAUUUUGGAGAGUGGUCAUUCUUUACAGGUUAAUAUUAUCAUUUAUGUUAAUUUUAGGUUUUCCAAGAACUGGUACCGUAAAUGCUAAAGAAUACACAUAAGUUUAUGCAAUCACAAGAGCUGACUUUUUAGAAACACUCAAGAAAUUCCCUGAAGAUUUUGAAAUGUAUUGUCAAAUAAGGGAUAAGUUACUAUUCACCAAAGAAUACAACCUAGUAGAAUAGCAAUGUUACACUUGUGGUAGUUCAGAACAUUAUGCUGAUUAAUGUCCAAAGACUCAUUACAUACCUUUGGUCCAGGAAUUAAUUGAAGAAUCUACAGUGUUGGACCUUAAAUAGGAUAGAGUGAAAAUUUAGAGAUUUGAUAGGAAGCAAUGGGCAACCAGAGCCAACGCAACGACUUUAAUCAAGGGGUUAAGCAAUAACAAAUUGAAAAAGAAGGCUAAUCUCAUGCUCAAAACGCAGAGAGCUCUGAAGAAAAAUACAAUUAAAAUUGAUAAACCCUUGGUUCCUCAAUGGCAAGUCAAAGAAUUUAAGAGUUUAGAUGAAGAAUAGGCAGCAAAUCCAAUGGCGGAUGAAAUGACAGAGAGUUAGAAUUUGAAUGUACAACCGAAUGAUAAUGAGAUACCUUAACGAUAAUAGUAGAGUUAAUUAAAAAGCUUUGCAAUUCAAACUUUGACUCAAUCUGCUAUGUAGCAAUCAGCUUUGUUAAGUUCAAAAAUCAUGGAAAAUCCAAAUCAAUCUUAAGAAUAAAAACGAGAGAAUGUGAUGGCUGAGUAUCAAAAGAUAGUGUAGCCAACAAUCAAGACUGGAGUGGAAUAAUUUGAUGCACCUGCUAAUUAUAAGAAUUAUUAUAGAAAAUACAACAGCAAUAAUUACUAGGAAUUUAAAAAUGUUUAGAUAAUUUAAAAGGAUAAAAUAUAGAAUAUGAGAUAAUCGAUAAUGUUCAAAUGA